UGAUGGGGCGAGGACACACCAUCUUGCUGAUCAUUGCAACAGCUACUGGAUCCAUUAGAAGACCUUUCCUCUUAUCCCAUUACGGCGUCGUUUGCUUAACAACCUUUGGUGAAGGCUCUUGUCAAAGACUUUCUGAAGGUCCAGCUUCAUCAGCGCUCGGCAACCUAGGCUGGCGCUUGGAUUCUAAUGCCUUACUUUGUGACUGUGAAUUAAUGUGGUUGGCUGAACUAAUAAAAGAAUAUACCAGAAAAGGAAAUACUCAGGCUGUUGCCACAUGUCAGUAUCCCAGGAGACUUCAGGGCAGGUCUCUUGCAUCGUUAAUAGUGGAAGAAUUCAACUGUGAUAAACCUUGUAUUACUUCUGAGCCACAGGAUGUAGAUGUUACCCCAGGGAAUACUGCCUACUUUACCUGCAAGGCAGAAGGAAAUCCUAAACCCAAGGUCGUUUGGAUACAUAACAAUCCUCUUUAAUUCAGUGAUAACUGAAGAUUUGUGGAAGAAAUACACAUACCCUCACCCAAGAUGCAAACUGUUCCAGAGGAGUCUCUUGGUAUGUUUACACUGGUUAUAUCAUAGUCAAAGCAUGUUGCUCAGAAGGGAAGUUGUUUCAGAAGAAGCUGCUGUCUACGUGUAUUAUGGCCUUUUGCAAAUUGACAGGUGCUCACAUAGUUGGGUAAUUGUUUACAAACACUGAAGAUACUUGUUAAAACCAUAUUAUUCCUAUCUGCCUAAGCAAACUAAAAAUUUAAUUUGGUGGGGACCAUUUUGCAAGUUACUUUCAUAAGAAAUUGUCAUAUUGCAUCAGUCAGAAAAAAGAAAAAAAGAAAUUUUGCCUUGAGCAAACAAUACUGAUGUCCCCAAAUGAAUAAACAAAGACUCUUCUGGUGUACAAACUCAAAACCAGCAGAGUAAGAGCAAAAUUAAAAGAACAAUUGUA